GUGGCAGGGUCUAGGAGCUCAGGGCUGUGCGGGAUUCGUGUGGUGGAAGUUGCGGAGCGUGCGGUAUGGAGCUGGCACUGCUGCUACUGGGGCUUAUGGCCAGCCUGGCCCGAGGGGCCCAGAGCCCCAAACCAACCGAUAAUCUCUUGAUCCUGACUGUAGCCACGGAGGAGACCGACGGCCUGAGGCGCUUCCAGCGCUCGGCUCAGUGCUUCAACUACAAGCUGAAGGUAUUGGGACUUGGCGAAACCUGGAAGGGCGACGGACAGAAAGUUCGGCUCCUGAAAUCCGCUCUGGAGGAAUCCGCCGACCGAGAAGACCUGGUCGUCCUUUUCACCGAAAGUUACGAUACGAUCUUCGCGUCGGGCCCCGCGGAGCUCCUUAAGAAAUAUAAGCAGGCGAAAAGCAAAGUGGUUUUCUCUGCGGAAUCUUCCCUGUAUCCGGAGCGGCGUCUGGAGGCCAAGUAUCCGGCGGUCACGGAGGGCAAGCGCUUCCUGGGGUCGGGAGCUUUUAUCGGCACCGCGGCUCAUCUGAACAAAUUGGUGGCGGACUGGGACGGCUCUGACGAGGACAGCGGGCAGCUCUUCUACACCAACGUCUUCCUGGACUCCGUGAAAAGGGAGAAGAUUAACAUCACGCUGGAUCACAGGAGCAGAAUAUUCCAGAACCUCUAUGGAUCAGUGGACGACGUUGUCCUAAAGUUUGAGAACGGAAGAGUCAGAGCCAGGAACCUCGUCUACGACACCCUCCCUGUUUUAGUUCACGGGAACAGCCAAACCAGGGUUCAUCUGAAUUAUCUUGGGAAUUAUAUCCCCCGCGUGUGGACCUUCGAGACGGGCUGCACUGUGUGUGACGAGGGCUUGAGGAGUCUUGGGGGAAUUAAGGAGGAAGAAUCUUUCCCGCUGGUAGUGAUUGGGAUUCUCAUCGAGCAGCCAACGCCGUUCGUCUCCGAGUUCUUUAAGCGACUUAAUGACUUGCAAUAUCCGAAGAAACGAAUCCAGCUUUAUAUCGUUAACCACGAACCGCAUCACGUAAAACACGUGGAAACGUUCUUACGAAAUCACGGCGCGGGAUACAACGGCGUUAAAACGGUCGCUCCGGGGGAAGCCACCAGCUUUGCCGAUGCCCGUAACAACGGGAUGGACCUGUGCCGUCAGAAUCCCGAGUGUGAAUAUUAUUUCAGUAUCGAUGUCCAGGUCGUACUUAAAAAUGCCAGCGUUCUCCGGAGCCUCAUAGAACAGAACAAGUCCAUAAUUGCCACUUUAGUGGGCCGCCUGGACACCUUGUGGUCCAAUUUCUGGGGAGCGUUGAACACACAGGGCUACUACGCUCGUUCUGAGGAUUAUAUAGACAUUGUCCAGGGGCAGAGAGUCGGGGUCUGGAACGUCCCCUACGUCUCCAGCGUGUAUUUAGUGAAGGGAAGUGUUCUAAGGACGAGGCUGAGCAAUCCGGACGUCUAUCACAGCGGCACGCUGGACCCCGACAUGGCGUUCUGUGACAAUUCCCGCAGACAGGGGGUCUUUAUGUUCGUGACGAACCGACAGAACUUUGGUCAUAUCCUUUCCCUGGAAAAUUACCAAACGAAUCGUCUCCACAAUGACCUCUGGCAGAUCUCCCUGAACACCCAGGACUGGAAGGAGAAAUAUAUCCAUCCGAAUCACAGCGCUGCCCUGACAGGCAAAGUUAUUGAAUCGCCCUGUCCAGAUGUUUACUGGUUUCCAAUUUUUACCGAGAAGGCCUGUGAUGAUCUAGUGGAAGAAAUGGAGAACUUUGGGCAAUGGUCAACCGGAGAUGUCACAGAUGACAGAAUCCAAGGCGGUUACGAAAACGUUCCUACGAUUGACAUUCACAUGACGCAAAUCAACUACCAAAAGGAGUGGCACAAGCUCCUGCUGGAUUUUGUUGCCCCCAUCACAGAGAAAAUGUAUCCAGGUUACUACACCAGGGCGGAGUUUGAUUUGGCAUUUGUGGUACGAUACAGACCAGACGAGCAGCCGUCGCUUAUGCCCCACCAUGACGCCUCCACCUUCACCAUAAACAUCGCUCUGAACAGCGUGGGACUGGACUACGAGGGAGGUGGCUGCAGAUUCCUUCGUUAUAACUGCUCCAUCAGAGCCCCGAGGAAAGGCUGGGCCCUGAUGCACCCGGGGAGGCUCACUCACUACCACGAAGGUCUCCCUACAACAAAAGGAACCCGAUACAUCGCGGUCUCCUUCGUGGAUCCAUAAACAGCCGCGUUCUAGAACCGUUCUAGAACGAUCGCGACAUUACACUGAUAAUGGAUCCAGAGCGAGGAGUCCGUGUUUAAGACGAUUAGGUAUGAAGAUCUAAGGAGACAUCCCGGGGAACGCUGACUUAUUUAGCGACCGCUACACAAACUAUGAAAGGGAAGCAUAGAAUCGCCUUCGGAAUUUCUCUCUGGAUCACAAAACCGUUAGAAAAACCACAAAACAAAAAAAAAAAGGUGCCUUAAGGAACAAUCAACGUUUCAAAAAUGUGUAAUAGAAUGACAUCAUUUCAUUGAACUGUUAUUUAUCACGGAUUUAUUUAAUGUUUCUCUUCAAGGGCAAACCCGGUAACUUUUUUUUUUCUUGGUUCCGUUAAGAUUUCAGGUUGUAAAAUACAGAAAUUUGCAAAAAAAAAAAAUAUUUCAGCUGUAAAAUUGGUAGCAAAUUUCUUUUCCUUUUUUAAAUUUUUAUUAUUAUUAUUAUGUCAUUAGAGAACGUACCGUUCCAUUAAAUGCCAGUGUUUUAUGUGACAAUCACCCUAAGAAUGUUACAACUGAGUACAGAAUGCAGAAUUUAUACCUUUACCCCCAGAUUGCUGAUAUAUGAAAAACAUU